AUGGGCAAGUUUGACGACAACGAGAGGAUAAUCCUCAACGUCGGGGGCACCAGGCACGAAACCUACAAAACCACCCUGAAGACCCUGCCGGGGACGCGCCUGGCCCUGCUCGCCUCCGACUCGGACAUCGACUCCGUGCUGGAUCAACUGCAACAAGUCCCCGGCUUCAUCGAGUACAACGCGCGGACCAACGAGUACUUCUUUGACCGCCACCCGGGCGUCUUCGCCUACGUGCUCAACUACUACCGCACCGGGAAACUCCACUGCCCGGCGGAUGUGUGCGGACCGCUGUUCGAGGAGGAGCUCUCCUUCUGGGGCAUCGAUGAGACGGACGUGGAGCCCUGCUGCUGGAUGACUUACCGGCAGCACCGGGACGCGGAGGAGGCUCUGGACGUGUUCGAGCUCAACGUGGACAACGGGGAGGAUGACGACGAGAUAGGCAAGAGGCUCGGCAUCGAGGACGUGGCUGCCGACGGCAACGUCAGCCUGUGGAGGAAGUGGCAGCCGGUGGUCUGGAAUCUAUUCGAGGACCCGUACUCCUCCAGAGCGGCGCGGUUUAUAGCCUUUGCAUCUUUGUUCUUCAUCCUGGUCUCCAUCACCACCUUCUGCUUGGAGACUCACGAGGCUUUCAACACCAUCAUCAACAAGACGGAUCUGAUGCGGAACAGCAGCAUGCCGGACUCAGGCCCGCAAUACGAGAUUGAAACUGACCCCGCGCUCACCUACGUGGAGGGCGUUUGCGUCUUCUGGUUCACCAUCGAGUUCCUGGUGCGUGUGACCUUCUGCCCGGUCAAGUUGGAGUUUGUAAAGAGCGUUCUCAACAUCAUCGACUUUGUGGCUAUCCUGCCUUUCUACUUGGAGGUGGGGCUGAGUGGCCUUUCCUCAAAGGCCGCCAAGGAUGUGUUGGGUUUCCUCAGGGUGGUGCGCUUUGUUCGUAUCCUGCGCAUCUUCAAGCUCACGCGCCAUUUCGUGGGGCUAAGGGUGCUGGGCCACACAUUACGGGCCAGCACCAAUGAAUUCCUGCUGCUCAUCAUCUUCCUGGCGUUGGGAGUGCUAAUUUUCGCCACCAUGAUCUACUACGCCGAACGAAUCGGCGCUGCGCCCAACGACCCCACCGGUAGCGUCCACACCAAGUUCAAGAACAUCCCCAUUGGCUUCUGGUGGGCCGUGGUAACCAUGACAACACUGGGCUAUGGUGACAUGUACCCAGAGACCUGGUCAGGUAUGGUUGUGGGCGCGCUGUGCGCCUUGGCGGGUGUGCUGACAAUAGCCAUGCCCGUGCCCGUUAUCGUCAAUAACUUUGGGAUGUACUACUCCCUGGCCAUGGCCAAGCAGAAGCUGCCCAAGAAAAGGAAGAAACACAUCCCUCAGGUGGUGCAGGGAGGGUCCCCCAUAUACUGCAAAGCAGAUCUCAACACCACCUGCAACAGCACUCAAGGUGACCUGUGCCACGUCAAAGGGAGCAGGGUGCUAGAACGCAACCGCUCAGUUAUAUCGGCAGACUGCAGCGGGGACAGCGACCUGACCACGUCUCCAGAGGAGAGGGUCCCCAUGCGAAGGUCCAGCACCCGGGAACAGGACCGGCGGAGCGGGGGGACCUGCUUCCUGCUCGCUGCUAGUGACUACACCUGCCCUGCAGACGGAGGGAUGCAAAAAACAGGCUAUGAGAAAUCCCGGAGCUUAAACAACAUAGCGGGCAUGGCCGGUAACACCCUGAGGUUGUCUCCUGUGACCUCGCCCUACGGAUCGCCCUGCCUGCUGCGGCGCUCCCGCUCCCCUAUCCCCUCCAUCUUGUAA